AUGACUUCUUCUGAAAGGAGCAAUCGUACAGACUCUCCUCGACGCUCGAGGAGCGCAUCCCCUCGAGGCUCAGCGAAAUCCGCUAGCCACUCGCCUGCCCGCUCCAAAGAUGGCUCCCGCCGUUCCAGGUCUAGAUCUCGCUCUCGAUCCAAAUCCAGGUCUCGUUCCCAUCGAAGCUCACGCAAGCGAUAUUCCCGCUCUCGCUCCCGCUCUCGACACAGACAUUCCAGGAGCCGAUCUCGUAGCUCGGAGUACCGCCGGCACAGGAGCCAUAGCCGUUCCCCCAUGUCAAAUCGUCGCAGACACAUUGGGAACAGGACUAACCCAGACCCCAGCGCCUGUCUGGGUGUGUUCGGUCUGAGCCUCUACACCACUGAGAGGGACCUGAGGGAGGUUUUUUCUAAAUACGGCCCACUGAGUGAUGUCAACAUAGUGUAUGACCAACAGUCGCGUCGCUCAAGAGGCUUUGCCUUUGUCUAUUUUGAAAAGAGUGCGGACUCUAAGGAGGCUAAGGAGCAAGCUAACGGCAUGGAGCUAGAUGGACGCCGCAUUCGAGUGGAUUUUUCAAUUACCAAACGAGCCCACACUCCCACUCCUGGCAUCUACAUGGGCCGACCCACAUAUGGAGGAGGUGGGGGAGGUGGAGGAGGAGGAGGAGGAGGAAACGGCAGUAGUUCAUCUCGCCGCGUCACCAGGGACUAUGAAAGGGGCUACGACAGAGGGUACGACAGGGGGUACGAUCGUGACUAUGAUCGCUAUGACGAGCGAGAGUACCGAUCAUACAGACGUAGAUCUCCAUCUCCGUACUACAGCAGAGGUUACCGCUCUCGAUCCCGUUCCUAUUCACCACGUCACUACUGAGCUGAAAGGCCGGAGCCUGUGUUACUUUUGGACGCUCGUUUCUUUGUUUCGAUCAGUUCAACUGUGUGAAUAAAACUUCUGAAUAUGUCUGUCUUUAAAAGUAUCUCUUGAAAAAGUGGAAGUUUGUAAACGCGCCAGUCAAUUACAUGUAACCAGGUGUGCAGGAAAAGUAACGGAAGUUAAUUUUAGAUCAGAAAACAUCUGUAGGUGGAAGUAAACAGAUGUGUGCUUCAUUAACAUUAAAAACCAUUUCCUGUUGGAAGUCUUUUUGGCAAACUUGGAUUGAAGGU